AUGGGUAAGCACAAUUCCUCUCUCCUCGCUUGGAUCUGGAUCUUGGAUGCGAAUGCUUGCUGCGAAUUUUUCGAACCCCGACCGCGACGAACAAACUUUUUCAAACACGCCUGCUUCAUGGACUCACCAACACCGACUGCCAUCAGCUCGCAUAUCAAGCGAGACUACAGCACACUACCAAACGACGAAUGGGUCGGGGCUUGGCUUGGGAGGAACAGGAAAGAGGGGAAUGAGCGCAAGACCUGGCAUGACCUCACGACGCAACGCGAUUCUGCCCUCCCGUCCGAACCCGACCGACCAGAAAAUUCGCAGCAGCUCGAAAUGACACAGCUAUUCGCAUCCUUGAAUCCAGAGAUUGUGUGGCCCAAGGACGACGCAUAA